GCCGGCAGCCCGAAGAGCGGCUGGGGGCGAGGGCCGGGGAAGGGGUCCGCAGAUGCCGCCUCGGCCCCCCUUCCCUGACCGGGGCCCCCACGGUGUCGGGGAGCAGGAGGAAUCAAUCAGGAUAAUGAAGCCGCAGCCUGCCACGCACCGCGGGGGCACUGAGGAGCCGGGGCCAGUGCCAAGUCCGCCAGACGGUUCGGAGGAGCCGAGCCCGGCACGGCCCGGCGGCGGCGGCGGCGGCGGCGGCGGCGGCGGAAACCCGGAGCCGGCGCGGAGGCCGGACGAAGCACCGCGCAGGUCCUUGGCAACAGCGCCUUGGCAACCGGGACGCCCGAGAGGAAUCUUAAAGCUGCAGAGCCUCCUUUCCUCACCGCUGCCUCCUCCUGGACCUCAGGGAAAAGGGUCGUGCCCAGAGUUAGUGGUGGGAGUCAGGCCCUGUGCCUCUCGGGACUUGGGGGUCCAACUCAUACCCUUACUCCUUCAUUCAUCAAAUGUAGAUUGAACCUACGUGCCCAAGCACGGGCUAGACACUGGGGAGGGGAACGGGCUGUGAUUAAAAACAUGAACAAAGUCCUGCCAAGAGGAGUUCACAGUCUAGCGCGCAAGGCAGACCAGACUGGCUGAGACACCAUCUGCAACUGAGCUCAGAAAUGUCAUCACCAAAAGCACGUCUCAGGAUAUGAGGGAAGAGGAUGAAGUGAAAUGUUGAGGC